AUGAAGACUCUCCCACAAUAUAUACUAACGUUGAUCGGACUGACGUCAAUUCUAACUCUCGCAAAAACAUACCAAUCAGCCAUUACAAGAGAAAUAACAGUUAAGAAUUCUUGUAAGACCACAAUCUGGCCAGGCUUAUAUACAGGUAACGACACUACUAUACCGAAUCAGAUUACAGGAUGGCAAUUACAGCCAAAGCAAAGUACGAGUUUUCAAGUGCCCGGUAACUGGACAGCCGGGAGGAUAUGGGCAAGAACAGGAUGUACGAUUGAUGAGAGGGGUUUAUUCGUUUGUCUGACGGGGAGUUGUGGGAAUGGUACGGCUACUGAUGCUGUUUGUCUGACUACGAACGAUCCUCCCGCAACUCUCGCCGAAUUCACGGUUUCAUUUGAUAAAGAAGAUAAUUACGAUAUAAGUCUCGUUGAUGGCUACAACGUCCCUCUCAAUAUAUACCCUUCGGACCAAAAUUGUCUCUCACCAGUGUGUGAAGGGAAUGUCAACAAAUAUUGUCCACCCCUUCUUCGAACAGGUUUAGACAAGAAUGGUGUUAAUCUAGGAUGUAUGGCACCGUGUAAUGCUGGAUUCGGAGAUGAAUUGUACGGUAAUAGAGCUUGUUGUACUGGUGCAUACGGUAAUGAUAGUAUGCUAUGUGAAUCAUGCGGAAUGGACUAUUACGAUAUGUUUAAAGAUAAUUGUGAAUUCUCUUAUGCCUACGCAUACGACGAAAAAUCCGAUACGGCCCUUCAUACUUGCCCCGCAACUUCAUUAGCAGGUUACACCAUCGAGUUUUGUCCCAACGACUCAGAUUUCAUUGGAGAAAUCGAACCUGAUCCAAAGUAUCUCAGCUCUACUGCAAGUUGUUCCAAUAUCGCUACAUCUUGGACCACCACUUUCCCUAUUCGACCUAGUCCCACUCAAGUUUUGACUAGUGGAACGUUGGAUGCGGUCGCUACUGUCGCUACGGGUGUGGAUGGUGCUGCUGCGAUACAAGUCAAUAUUUCUUCAUCAACUGGAACUGCCAGUAGGACUGCUUCAUCGGCUGCUACUAGUAAUGGACAGAUGGUCAGUAUACCCACUGGAACGGGGGGUGUGACACCUGGUCUAUCGGUCGUUCAACAUAUGGUAUCUUCUCCUGGAGACAGUGUGGAUGGUGUGAAUGCCAAUGAGGUUGCUUCCACGACAUCAAGCGGUUCGGGUGUUGGUCCCUCAAGUGCAUCUGGUGAAAGUACUGGAGAAGAAAACAGCGCAUCUGCUCAAUCGACUACCUCUGCAUCUUCCAUGACCUCCUUCAGCAUGACCUCGACAAUGCAAACUGAAGGAUCAUCACCAUCCGAUUCCAUCGCUAGCGAUACGACUUCUUCCCUCGAGUCUUCUUCCACUAUACCUGACAUCAACGCUAUCGAGACCUCUUCCUCGACUGCCAGUCCCCAAUCUACACUGACCAGGAGUCACCUAGUCACAAUCACCACCACCCUUCCCGGCGGAUCCUCCACCUUACUUUCGUAUGCUCCGACCCAAGGUCCAGGUGGUCAUACCUCAGCAUUCACGGUGAUAGACGGUAAUACGCUAUAUCAAGUAAUGAAUGGAGGAGCAGGAGGAGCAGGAAGUAAGACUUGCAGAGCUCCUCAGGCUACUGCGACUGCGACAGGUCCUGUGGGUCAAUGGUUGAGGGCUGUUCCUAAAGGACAUACAGAUCAAAAGAAGGUGAGUUGUUGUUUGUAG